AUGGCAUUUGCCUAUAGGUCUCCAGUGGACAAGGACAGGUUCAUUUGCAUUUAUCCUGCAUAUUUAAAUAACAAGAAGACCACUGCUGAGGGAAGAUCGAUCCCAACUGACAGUAAGUAAGUAAUGUUGUGUGCAGCUAAAAUGAUACCCAAACUAAAAACAAGGACCCAAAAAACAGGAGGUGGUGACCAAAGUCUUCAACAAGGAGAGGGAGGUAAAAAAGAAAAAGGGAAGAAGUGA